CCCACGAAAAGUCUAGCAAAUCAAAAGGCUGUGUGUGUGUACGUGAGUGAGAGUGUGCUAUCGGAGUGUGCCUGUGUUUGUGUCCAAAUGAAAAUUAGUCAAAUUUUAUAGUAGUUCUGCGAACAGUUAGGCAGGCAUAUCUCGGCCCGCCAGACUUUUACACAUUUCUACAAUUUAUUCGCGAUUUAGGAGCAGUUGUUGCCCAUGGGCAACACGGCAUACACGGCACACAACACACAUCAUCAUACAUACAUGUGUACACACAGCACCUGCGUACAUGAACGAUCGCGCGCGUGUUAAAAAUUAACGAAUUCCAACGGUCCAGAGGAUAUCCAAUGGAAAAACCUUUGGGAUGCUAAUACACCUUCCAUUGCCUUCCAUUGCACAGAGCCGAAAAUCGUUCACCACUUCACCUGCUAAAGCGUAGAGCCAUCGAAAAGCGCCGGAGGUCUGAGAAUUUCAUUCAGAGAAGCAGCGCACACGGGCCGAUCCGAAAUCAAAAACCCGCUUCAAGAUGGCCAUACCGCCACCACCGGGACCUCCGCCCCCGCCAGGACCGCCUCCGCCCCCGGCGAUGGGUGGGCUCAAACUGGGCGGCGCAGCAGGAGGAGGCGGUGGCCCUGAUGCCCGGUCCGCCCUGCUCAGCUCCAUUCAGAAGGGCACCAAGCUGCGCAAGACCAACACCGUGGACAAGAGCGGACCGUCCUUGGCGGGCAAGGUGUGUGGAUCGGAGGGAGGAGCUCCUAGCAAGCGGACCCUCAAUAACAACAACACCAGCAACCACAACAACAACACAAGCAGCAGCAGCAGCGGCAGCAGCAAUGGCCUUGGCAAUGGAGCCCCCAAAUUGGGAGGCCUGUUCGAAGGCCUCUCCCAAAUGCCAAAGCUGAAGCCCGUGAAUGGCAUGCGCGCCACACCACCAUCGUCCGCAACAAAGUCUACGGCGACCGCCCAGCAGCAGCAACAACAACGCAGCAAUAGCCCCCCCGCCGCCGCCAGCAAUGGACCCAUGGACUUUAGCUCGGAGCUGGCCAAGCACUUGACGCUGAAGCGCCAGAAGCAGCAACAGCAGCAGCAACCUCAGCCGCCAGCGAGCAACAACACACAUAUCAAUGCGACAGAAGCCAAUCUGAGAACAAACCGAGGACCACCACCGCAACCGCCAAAGCAGCCAGCCAGCUCGAGUGAUUCGAUCUUGGAGCGCAUGAACAUCCCCCGCACGGCGCCGGCACCGGCACCCACCUCCUCUGUUAAAGCGGCAUCGCCCACGCUCUCGGACAGCGGCAGCAGCGGGAGCAGCGGCAAUGGAGGCAGCGUCAAGAGCAAGGCGGCCAAUCUAAAUAUCUCGUUAGGCAAUAGUUUUGUAAAUAGUUCAAAGACAUCAGCAACAACAACGACCACGAGUAGUGCCUCCUCGCUGAGCUCCAGUCAAACGUCCUCGAUGGGAUCGCUGCGCAAUCUGGCGCCCAAUAAGUCCACGCUGUUUGGUGGUGGCUCUAGUUCCGGUUCCGUUUCCGGUUCAACUUCCGGUUACAAUUCUAAUGGUGUUGGUUAUGCAAGUGUCCAGAAAUCUUCGUCUUCGUCGUCGUCAUCGGCCGACAACACGCCCACGCCUAUGAAGCCGGCCAUCAGCUUUGGCAAGCCCAAUUUUGCCCCCAAGCCACCGGGCCUGCAGCAACUGGCGCUGGCCAACGGACAGCAGCGUCCGGCGGUGACCAGGCAUCACAGCAUGAAGUCGCCCAGAUCUCCGCCAGCGGCUGGCAGCGUCAAUGGACCCGUAUUCCCCACCCAGCAGCACUUGGGCACCUUAAGAGGUCCCCUGCAAGGUCCUUUCCAUGGCAGUGAAGCAGGCAGUCACAAUACCAGCGCUGGCAGCAUGAGAUGUGCACCCAAUCCGCCAAAGUCCCGCCCAUCGGUAAAGCCACCACCACCGCCCACGCCGGCCCGCAGCUUCUCCAACAGCAAUCUAAGCAACAUUGGCGGCGGCUCCACAACGGCUCCCUUUAGUGCUGUGAACACGGCCUUGAUCCAAAGCUCGGCAACCACCACGCAGGCGGCACCUUCGCCGCCCAUAACCCAGCCCCCGUCCUCCUCCAGCAGCAGUAACAGUGUGGCCGCUUUGCGGGAUCAGUUUCGGGCGGGCGGCAUGUCCAAUGGAGCGCCAUCCCCACCGCUGCCGCCCACUCCGGCUCCCACCACCUCCUCCUCAUCCGCAUCAUCCUCGGCCACGGCCAGUCCCAAGUCCUCGAUGAUGAUGCGCGAUAACGUGAAGCCAAUUAUACUGAACGGAGGACCCAUCAAUCCGCCAGCACCGCCACCGCACAGGAGCUGUCCCCCGCCACCGCCGCCGCAGCGACAGUCGAGCAAUCUGCAGCAGCAGAAGCAGGAACAGAAUCUAGUGGGUCGCUGGCUGUGGAGGAAACUCGGAUCCUUUAGGCAGCGAGUUCAGAGGAAGCGUGAGGAGGCAGUCCUGCUUGUUAUAAUGAUGAUGGUCAACAGCAAGCGCCAAGGCGGCUCUGGAGCAACGGGAGGAGCAGCGCCAGUACCACCGCAGCGUCACUCUUCGAUCAGGCCCAAUGCCCCAUCCACACCGCCCACGCACAUGGCCAAUGCCUCGCAUCAGUUUGGCAGCAGCUCGGGCCUGUCCUCCGGAUCGGGCUCGGCCAGCGUGGGACGCCUGGUCACGGAUCUGGAGACAAAGUUUGGCAAGCGUUUCCACAACGUCACCGAGUUCCCCAAGCCGCCGCCGUUUCUAAAUAUACAAAAAGUCUAUCCUAGUCGCACGUUUAAGGCCACCAACGCACCCAGCAGCGGCGUGAAUAACAACAACAACAACAGCUCGGUGGCCAGCAACAACAAUACAACGACUUCCAAUCCAGGAGGAGGAGCAACCUCAAGUCCUGCAGCAGCUCCUCCUCCACCUCCAGUGCUGAAGCCGGCAUAUGCACCUCUGAAGAAACACCGAGCACCAGCACCACCACCGCAAGCAGGAGUGGCCGCCGCCACCGUUUCAGUUAUCCGGCAGUCGAGUUUUCUCUAUGGCGGAGCAGGAGCCGGAGGAGGCGCUGCCUCUGGGGCAGCGGGCACCAGCAUACGACCACAGUCGCAGCCGGCGGGGAUUGGGCCGCGCAACUCCACGGUAUACUGAUCGGGAUCGGGGGGAUAAUUGUAUAUAUUAUAUAGAGGUGUGUGUGUGGUCAGCUUGUGUAAGUAAUAGCGAGUGUUGAUCGUGCAAAAUCUCUAUGAAAAGUAUGUGAAAUAAACCAAGAACAGCACACAGAAACCAGAAAAGAAAGAGCUUCGUAGAGAGCCCCAAAAAUUCGUUGGCAUUGUCUUCCCAGGCUGCACAAAAUCACUGGAGAUCAGAGCUCCCAAUUAACUCCUCUGACUUUCAAACCGAAUCGUUCUCUCCCUGAAACCAAGUGCUAUUUACGAGCGAUAUCACCAAUCUGUAUAUAGGAUAUAGCACCGAGAGUUAGUGAAAUUAUCAAGCAUCUAUGUAUAUUGAUUGUACUUACUUGUAGAAGCGCGCCUCUUUAUAUAAAUAUGUAUCUAACUAGACUGAACAUGUUAUUAAAAGCCCAAACAGCAACAAUUAAUUAAUAUGUAACGAUAUAUAUUACGAUCUUUAGAAUCGACUACGCGAUGUACGACUUAAUCCCCUAGAGCAAUAUGGUACACAACGUAUGAGCAAAAAUGUUAACAAUGUUGCAAUAAUGAGCACAACCGAGAGAGCAUUUCAACGAAACUCGUCGCACACACAUUCCAUUUUCCAUUUCCAUUUCCCUCUCCGUCUUAAGUUUCGACAGUUCGUGUGAUAAUCUCAAAAGGAGUAUAUGCUAUACCUAGGUAAUCUAUCUAUCAGCUGUGGUUGGGUCUAGACAUUUGUUAAAGCCUCCUUUUUGAACGGAAUAUACACUAUUAGUAUUCCCUAUUAUUAUUAUUAAAUUCAAUCAUUGUUGUUGGACUUGGUGUCAUUAGAACAAGUAUUAUUAAUCAGCAAUUGCAUAACAUUUAUUA